UUUGCGUGCAUUUGUCGUCAUUUCGUCUGUUUCGUCGUGUGAACUGUUGUGAACCGCUGUGAGAUCGGGAGAUGCUGCCUUUCGUCGCUGUUUUCCCGCAAGAGAUUACCUGAGAGACACGAACGUAACCGAUCAUCGACUCGCUGCUAAACCUGUGGUGAACGUAGUUCUAAUGCGUUGCGUCUCGUAUCUGAAGCUAAUCGAAAGACAGCGGUAGCUUGUGAGUAGGCAAUUCGUCAGUCCCGUUUACCAUCUUCGAACCAAGUUUUUAACUACAAGGUCGUCAGCAUGGCUGGCGUGGAGAUCGAGAACUUUGAAAUCACCGACUGGGACAUCGCCAAUGAAUUCAACAUCAACCGAGUUCGGAGGCGGCCCACGAAAAAUCAGCAGAUUUAUGGUGUCUGGGCUGACAGCGACGACGAAGGAGAUGCACGGCCCAGCUUCCAGUCCUCAAAAAAACACAAGGACUUUUCCGCACCCAUCAGCUUUGUCAGCGGCGGAGUGCGUCAGGUGGGAAAGCCGGAAGAGAAGAAGGAAGAAGGCAGCGAAGAUGAGCGUGCAUCAAGCAGUGAGGAAGAAGUUAAGGUUCCAGCGAAAACCCUGAAGACCGGAUUCGCUGGAGGUCGUGGCGGCGUAGCUCACGGCCUGCUAGGUGCCGAAGGGGGCUUCGGCAACUGGGAGAAAUACACGAAGGGUAUUGGAGCUAAGUUACUCCUUCAGAUGGGCUACCAGCCGGGUAAGGGUCUCGGCCGAGACCUGCAAGGCAUCUCGGCACCCAUCGAAGCAAAAGUCCGCAAGGGCAAAGGAGCCAUCGGUCUGUACGGACCGGAGACCAAAGGCCCUAAGCUUAUGACAGCGGAAGCGGAGGAUUCGACGAGUCGCAAAGGCGCGCUGCCCGAGCUUAAUCAGUGGCGGAAGCGCAAGGAAGGCGAAAAGAAGGUGACAUAUGUCUACAAGACAAUCGAUGAGGUGAAGUCUGAAGGUGUGUACAAGAAAGCACCAACCGGUCCACAUAGCAAACUCAGCAAGGUGAAGGUUAUCGACAUGACGGGACCGGAGCAGCGAGUUCUUUCUGGUUAUCACGAGCUGCACCAGCAACACUCGAGGCCUGACGAGCGCGAGGAGAUCGAGCUGAAGCGCGCCGUCGGGUCGCAGUUCUCGGUGCCGGAGCUGACGAACAACCUUGAACUGCUGGUCAACAUGACGGAGCAGCAGAUCGUGCAGAACGACCGCGACGCCAAGCACGAGGAAGACCGCACCAUCAACCUCCGUCACGAGCUGGACCGUCUCGAAGAGCUCAUCACGGCCGAGGAGAAGCAGGAGCGCAGGCUGGCGAAACUGAGCGAACUCGUGCAAGCGAUGGUUGAUCGCAGCCAAGAGGAUCAUGCAGAACCCUUGACGUUAGAAGAGUGCGCAACCAUGUUCCACACGUUGCAAGACGAAUUCUACGAAGAGUACAAGAUGUACGGGCUCUCGGACUUGGCCAUCACCGUCAUAUGCCCGAUGGUGAAAAAGGAGCUGGAGUCCUGGUCACCCUUGAAGGAGCGGGACGCCCACGUCAGCCUGUUCUGCAGGUGGCGGGACCUGCUUGAGAUAUAUGGCAGCAGAACCCACGACCACCGUAACGCGCCCGAGGACGACCCCUACCACUACUUGGUCUGGGAGACCUGGAUGCCACCAGUGCGGCAAGCGAUACUGGAUUGGUCACCACGAGAAUGUGAUCCGCUGAUUGAGUUGCUUGAGACGUGGAUGCCCCUGCUGCCUCGAUGGAUGUUGGAAAACAUCCUGGACCAGUUUGUGCUGAUGAAGCUUCAAACCGAGGUGGAAGCAUGGAAUCCACUGACUGACACCAUGCCAAUCCACUCGUGGCUGCAUCCAUGGCUUCCUCUGAUGGGAAUGCGACUGGAGCCUCUUUACCCACCCAUCAGACUGAAGCUGGCCAAUGCCCUCAGCGCAUGGCACCCGAGCGACGGCUCAGCCAAGCUUAUUCUGGAACCAUGGCGAGGGGUCUUUUCACAGGGCACACUGGAGGCAUUUGUUGUUGCCAACAUUCUGCCCAAACUGGCACUUGUCCUACAGACCAUGCCGAUCAACCCACACCAACAGCACUUGGACGUCUGGCAGUGGGUGAUGGCAUGGGAGGACCUCUGCCCAGCGUCCAGCAUGGCCACUCUGCUGGAGAAGACUUUCUUCCCCCAGUGGCUGCAGGUGCUGGCGGGAUGGCUGCAGCACAACCCGAACUAUCAGGAGAUCUCCAAGUGGUACACAGGCUGGAAGUCCCUCUUCUCCGAUGCCCUGCUGCAGCAGACCUGCGUGCGCGAGCAAUUCAAGGUGGCACUGGACAUGAUGAAUCGUGCUGUGUCGGGCCUGCCAGUAGUGCCACCCAUUCCCGGAGGUGGGCCGCAGGCACCACCAGGGCUCUUGGGAUACAGGCCAGCACCGCCACCAUCACAGCACAUGCCUCAGGAAGCUACUGGCGGACGACCGGAGUACAGUCACAUGCAGACGAUACGAACUUCUACCACUCCAGCCAAUGCGCAGAUGACCUUCAAAGAGCUAAUCGAGCAAAGAGCCCAAGAGAAGAACCUUCUGUUUGUUCCCAUGGCACACCGAUUUCAAGAGGGCAAACAGGUCUACCGGCUCGGCCAUGUUAUGCUGUACCUCGAUCGAAAUGUCAUCUUCGUCUUCAACGGCAAGACGUGGGUGCCCACUUCCCUCCAGUCCCUGCUGGACAUGGCGGGUUGACCCUCUCUCAUGCAGCCCCUUGCGUCACAGUCGUGACGUUGUGUUGGAGCAGUGAAUAACCCUGGGUCGAAUCCUUUGUUGCUAGCUUUCAUUCCGUAACAGUAUGCCCACCAAGAUCAGCAUUGCGGCUGGUGCCGACACCAAAAAGACGGCGCGCUCGCAACGACCAGGGACAUACCUAAGUCCGGUUCUUGUAAAAGUUCCACCAGGAUAAAGACGAAUAUCGGGAAUGGUGGCAGCAUUCGCUUAGUCUCCCACUGCGGUUAUUUGGUUGAGUUAAGCUCAUCAACAUCGUCACGAUGACCCCCGCAUUAGGUGUUGUGUGUGACGGGGUUUUUAAAUGCUCGUGGCGGUAGGUUCUAUCGUCACGCCUGUUUUCGGUCAAUUGAUAGUAUGUGCGGUUUCACGUCCCAAAACCACCAUAUGAUUAUGGUGGUUUUGGCAUGUUAAACGCGUUUUUCCUGACGCACUGAAGUUGAAAGUUGCUUUACUGCACAUUUCGUGAUGCCACAUUAUUAUUCAAUUAAAGCUGAAUGGAAAGGUACAGUCAUUUCUUCUGAACAACCUGGGACGUUCUCGUGACAAUACCUGCGUGAUGUUGUUAUUUUCACAAAAUCCACCUUUACCGAAAAAUCCGUGCAUGAAACACUACCCUGGUUAUACAAUAUCACAAUUUGGCUCACACAUUACUUUUAAUGAACUUCAAAGCUCUUUGUGAUAAAUCAGGUUUGAGUAAACCACACGUACUGCUUAAUUUUAUUUUUUUCACUUGUGGCACACUUCGUGUAUGCAUGACACGAAAGACGAGGAAUAUCAGUCUUGUCAAACUCACUGCUGGAAAGCCUUAUUUCAAACAUCGACUAGGCAACGUACCGGUGGUAUACAUGAAUGUGUGACGUGUACCAGCAAUUUUAGUUAUGUGAUCACUUUGCUCUCAAUACAGGCCUUGCACAGCGCAAGACCCAUUUACAUGGUGUAUUGUGGCGAUAUUGAGGGUUACGAUUGUCUUCUUACUAAUGAACUAUGGUUGUGCUGUUAUCAGCAGGGGUUUUACUGAACCGCCCCGAGUUAUUUAGAACAUGCUGGUGGAAAUUCGCUCUUAUCAGUUGAAAAGGUGCUACAAAAGACAUUUGAUGCCUGCGACUGCAAGAGAUCCGUGUACAUAAAAGCAGCAAUCAUUUGUUAUCACGUUUUAUUACGCAUCGUAGCAUUCGAAAACCAUUUUAUUCAACAUGGUGGAAGUGGUGGCGCAACUCCAGAUGGAGUGCUGAGAUUGCAAAAAUUUUUGUAACUCGGUCCAUGCUUCUCUUGCUGAGCUCCUUGUAAAUAAAUCUUUUCUUUGGUGCAUUGU